UGCUGCUGCUGGCUGCUUCGGUGUUUCGCUGCUUGGCUGCCGCCGUUGUCAGUCCUGGGUGCGUGCGAAUCAUUAGUCUUCGUUAGGCUGUCUUUGUGUCAACAACGUGUUGCUCUGCCGCAGAACCGUUCCUCCGUCGCAGAGUCGCUCCCAAGUCGCCCUCAAGUCGUCCCUUGUCGCUCGCUCGCGAUUUCCAGCUCGUUCAUCACACAGGACACAGCAAAGCCAGCGCAUCGCAGCACAGCCCGUUAAGCUCCUUCGGUGCAAAUGUGCGAUUUCGGCGUGCGUGCCGCAGUGCAACAAGUCGCGACUUAAUUUUAUUGCAACAAUUUCCCCCCUUGCGAACAAGUGAAAGCUACAAGGAUAUAUCAGUGUCCGUGCAAAGUAGAACAAUCAUCGUUCUGACCAAAAAUAAUCAAGCCAGCCAAAGACAUUGCAUUAGUCAGCAGAUCGAGGUCUGCCAGCGUACGUGACUUGGCCCUUUCCAGGACUCAAUCGAAAGAAUCAGUUCCAUUGCGAUUUAGAAACCGGAUCGCAAUGUUGCCGCAUCAUCAACGCCAUAAAAUGGCGGCUCCGGCGAUGCUCCUGCUCGCUCUCGUCCUGCUGAUGACCAUGCCCACCGACGCCCGCUCCAAGGAGGAGCGCCGCAGCCGGGGCCGUGGCAGCAACGGCUCGGCAGCGGCCUCCACGAGCAGCAACAACGGCUAUGGGUACGGGGGAUCCUCCUCGACGGCGCCCGGCUCCUCCGGCGGAUACGUCUUCACCAGCAGCAGUGCUGCCAACUCCGGCAGCGUCGGCUACAGCGGACCCAUGGACAGCACCGGAUUCUGCACGCGGCGACGGGACAUGAAGCUGAUGUGCUACUGUACCCCGGACGAGAACCACGUGCCGGUCCAGAAGGCCGAGUGCUGGAUAUUCUCGGAGGGACUGCACCAGAACGACACCACCUGGACCCGGUUCUACCAGCAGAAGCGCUUGCGGGAGCUGAAGUUCGUCAUCCAGAACAAUGCCCGACUGGACUACAUACCCACCAUGAUAAUUGAGCCCCUGAAGAACCUGAGCAGCAUCGUGAUUGAGUACUCGCAGGUGGAGAUUGUGAAGAGCUAUGCCUUCGCCAACCUGCCCUUCCUCGAGAGAAUCAUCCUCAACAAUAACCACAUAAUGGCCCUGGACCAGGACGCCUUCGCCAACCAUAUUAGGCUGCGGGACCUCAACCUGGAGCACAACCAAAUCUUCGAGAUGGAUCGCUACGCCUUCCGCAACCUGCCGCUCUGCGAGAGGCUGUUCCUGAACAACAACAACAUAAGCACCCUCCACGAGGGACUCUUCGCCGACAUGGCUCGGCUGACGUACUUGAACCUGGCCCACAACCAGAUCAACGUGCUGACCAGCGAGAUAUUCCGGGGCCUGGGCAACCUGAAUGUCCUGAAACUCACCCGCAACAAUCUCAACUUCAUCGGGGAUACUGUCUUCGCGGAGUUGUGGAGCCUCAGCGAACUGGAGUUGGACGAUAAUCGAAUUGAGCGAAUCUCUGAGCGCGCCCUGGACGGCCUGAACAACCUAAAGACCCUGAAUUUGCGCAACAAUCUGCUGAAGAAAAUCGACAAUGGCCUGCUCCGUGGCACUCCGGCCCUCCUCUCCAUCAACGUCCAGGCAAACAAAUUGGAAACGCUGACGUUUUACACAUUCCAGCCAAUUAUGGACAAUUUGGUCAACAGCACCAGUGAGCUGCUGGUGUCAGACAACAAAUUCAUUUGCGACUGUCGGCUGCAGUGGAUCUUCGAAUUGAAAAAUCGAACACGUCACCUGCAGCUGCGUGAUUCCCUGGAAGAGCUAUCCUGCUCGCUACAGGACCCCAAGCUGUCACAUUUCGUCGACCCGGUGCCGUCGCAGAUCCUGGACGUGCUCAAUAUCGGAGGAUUCACAGCGAUUGGCAGCAAUAGCGCCAGCAUGGGCGGAGUAGGAAACAGUGUGGUGGGCAGCAGCUAUGGAGGAAUGGGUCUGGACGACUCCCGCAAGCACUCAUCGAGCAGAUCGCGACAGGCCCUGCGAGGACAACGUCAGUUUGCCUCCAGCCAGGAGAACACGGUGGAGUCGAAGAUGCGGAAGCGACGCAAGCGGCAGGAAGCUGCCCAGAAGGAGAAGGACCUGGCUGCCGUGGCUCCCACCCACAAACGGUACGACUACUACGAUGACAACAACGGAGGCUUGUCCCUGAGCCACGGACUCGACCUCGACGACAACCUGAACCUGCACAAGCAGGGAUCCUUCUACGGAGCCGCAUCCCCAGUGUCGGGGCACAAUGAUGUCGAUGUGCUGCUCUCCUCGGGGCACACCCCCGUGGGCGACGCCCUCGAUGCGAUGGCCAACAAGAAUACGAUCAACGUGAGGCUGUUCCUACUGAAGCCGGAGAUGCUGCCGUGCCACGACGAGCUGAGCGAUCCCACCGAGCUGCCCCUGUCCCGCGAUCUAAUGGACGUGCGCAGCAAUGUGGGCCAGGAAUCGUCCCUGGGAGGAGCCGCCGCCCUGGCCAAGGGCUUCGGCCUCCUGGUCGUCCUGUUGGCUCUGGCAGUCAGCCAGGGCUGAAUCGCCGGUCAGAGGUAAUCUGGGUCCCUGAGUUUGGUUCUACAUUGUACAUACUGGCUUGGAGAUGUGGUGCCCUUGGGAAACGAGCUUCAAAAUGCAAACCAAAACGAAAACCAAAAAUUAAGGAAACACACGAAUGGCUAUACCAGCUGCAGUCUUGUAAAUAUGUAAAAAGAAUGGGGUAAUGGAAAACGAAAUUCGAUAAACUUACUAUUAUGAACCUAGCUGAUAGCUGUAAUGAUAGACUCGACUUUUCACCAACAACUUCAGCAGCAGAUUCAGAUACAAAAACAAAAAACCAAAAAACAGACAAACCAAAUCUUAAAAUCUAAACCUAACAGAAACUUAAAGCCCAAAACGAACCCAAAAGAGAACCUCCGAGCAAACUGGCGUUUCAUUUAAAAGAAAAUACCACAAAGAUACUCAACUACCGCUACACUCUACGACAUAGCAUAGAUUAACUGGUUAGUUAGUUAGCCAUAGAGUCACAUUUCGUUUACUUGAGCAAGGUACAUACUACAGUUAAACUUGGAAAGCGCUAAACGUCUUACAUGGAGACACAGAGCUGGCCAAAGAUCCAGUAAAAGAGGCAUGCCUGUAAAAACCAGAACGCAGAAACAAAACCGCUGAAAGUUGCAACGAUAGCCGUUAGUCGAUAGAACAUAGUGGAUAGUCGAUAGCAGAUAGAAGAUAGUUAAUAAAUGUACUAGGUAAUAUACCCGGCCACCCGAAGUUCUAGCUAGAAUUUAAGUCAGCUUCUUUAGUUGUAAGUCGAGACCUAAUGCUUUGCUUCCCUGGAACUGUCGCCUAAAUUUUCAAAACGAAACCCUCAACUCCCCAGACGCACUCCCCGUGCACCCCUCGGAAAAGUGACACCUUCCCGGGGGAAAGAACUUUUCGCUUCACUCUUACUUUUGCCGCACCAGAAAACAAACAUAAGAUAAAACUUACAUUGCGAAUUUAUAUAACUUAUUUGGAUAGAUUCAAAUUAUAGAAAAAACAAAGGCAAAAAUGGAAUAAUAAAAACAAAACAGAAAUAUGCAUAACGAUUUUUGUAGCUUAAGACUGAAUAUAUAAAGGUAAAUUAUGCUAAAAUAUACAAAAUAUUUAUAUGGAAAAUACCGUACUGUAUGUUUAAUUGUAUUGUAAUAAAUGCAAGCUGGGGGAAAGGGUAAUGUCAUUUCUAUAUAUUAAAGUAUAUAAAUAAAAAUAUAUAUAGAUAUAUAGAAACCAAAUAAGCCGAUCGAAACCAACAGAUUCGUGCAUUCAAAUUAGUACGAGUGCAUGGAUUGCAUAUUACACUUUAUUUGGCAAUUCAUUACGUAUUUAAUUAUGCACAAAAUUAUGAUUUCCAAAUAACAAAACACAAAAACUAAAAAGCUAUUUGAUUAAUGUGUUUAAUAAUUCAUAUACAAAGAGAAAGUAAAGUAAGAGUAAACCCAAAUGCAAAUUUAUGUGUAAAAAAAACAGAAAAAUUUACAUAAAAAUAUUCCCGAAAAGUGGGAGUAGAAAACGGAAGCAGAAGGAGCAAGCAUAGUUUUAGUGGACAAUCAAGGAUAAGAAAAGUGAAAGUAGAAAGCAAGAACAUCUGGGGAAACCCUGAAUCAGCAAAACACAGAAAAACCAAAAACCCAGAAGAGCGGAAAAAUGUCGUAAAAAUCUCCCAAGAAAGCGAAAUAAUAGAGCAGGCGUUGGCGAAGAAAAAACACAAACCUAUUUUAAGUAAAUGGAUAUAAGCUAAAUGUAUUUAGUGUUUUGAUUAGCUAAUAAGACCUUAAACACACAAAACAGUACUCUAUAAAUGUGCAAAUUAAAAAAUUGAAGAAACAGUAAAUUAAAACAGAUACACGAAUUCUAAGUAAACUCUAUCUAAGCAGGGCACUACGUUCAUUAUUGUUGAUACUCAUCCACACUUAAAACUCAUUUGAUUCGAUUGUCACGAAGUUACUAUGCUAGAGAUUGUGAAAGGAUUUUCAGUUGCCUCAAGGGGUCGGGCGAGAUUCGAUUGACUUAGCCUCUUUGUCUAAUGCAUUAAAUGCUUGUAAUAAAUUAAUAACGACAUGGAAACUUAUUUAAUACUUAGCCUUAAGAAUUGAUAAAUUUUAACCAAAGAUUUUGCGUUCCUCUCGUUGCCUAAGAAAACACUUGGUUGUCCCUUGUUUUUGUGUAUGUGCCAUUUCUCCUAUAAUUUUUGCGGCUAGAAAGCGGCCCGAAUUAAGCGGCGAGUGACGUAAUUUUAAAAUAUUAAAAACUAAACGUAGCUUACUUAAUUAUUUUAACUUAAAUGUACACAGAGCGAAAGUGAAACCAAGCAGCAAAUAAUAUAACCGAAAUAUAAAUGUACUUGAUGUAAGAAGUUUGCUAAAUUGAAACCAAAACUGAAAUGUCAACCCCACAGCCCCACAAGAAAGGAGCCAGGAUGCGAUGGUCACAAAACGAUGGGCGGCAACGGGGCGGGGCACGAUCUGCAGACCUAUAUAAAAAAAAAACAUUCCAGUGGUAUUAUUUUGUUUAACUUUAACUUUUACUGGCAAUUGCCUAAUAGCGCCCCGCCCUCGAAAAGUUUCCGCCACUCGUCGUGGUCUGGCGGAAUGGCAUCCAGAAAACAAUUUUGAAAGAAAAACCAUCUAAAUAUAUUUAAUGUAAAAAAAAUAAA